GUUUCACUGAACAGUUGUUUUUACUACCAUCCUUCUGAUAGUUGUAUCUGGUGCUUAAUUUUUUUGUCCCUAAUGUUUAAUGACGGCAAAAUGCACAAAUAAGCCGGUUCCACGAAAUCUGCUGACAAUCAUCUGCGAAGAGAGACGGUAAGCGUCUCAACAGUUUCAGAGGCGGAGAGACAUGUUGCAGAGCUCAUACUCCUCUUAUGGCGAAAUGGGUAAUCGCAGUACAGGUAUGGAAUAAUCCUAACAAAUGCCCCCUUUUUCACUUCCUGUCAUAUCACUCUCAUACACAAUUAUUCGAACAAUCAGACCUGGAUAAAGCCACUGCAAUUCUUGUGCAAAACAAGGGGGACUCUCUAUAUUCAGGCCUCCAAAGCUCAGAAAUUCAAUGGUCUGCAAAUCUAGUAGAAAAAAUCCUUAAAAACAUAUGGAACGAUGGACCCCAAGCCUUGAAGUUUUUCAACUGGGUAGGGAAGCAGAGUGGUUAUAAACAUAGCACCGAGGCUUAUAAUUACAUCAUUGAUAUUUUAGGUAGAAUGAGAGACUACAGAACCCUGUGGCAUUUGAUGUCUAAUAUGAGGAGGGAGGGUUGUCCUCUAACGCCCAAAACAUUUGCUAUAAUAAUUGAGAGAUAUGUUGUACAAGGUAACGAAGAGAAGGCAACUAGGGUUUUCCUUUCAAUGCCUGAAUAUGGAUGCCCCCUUGAUUUGUCUGCAUUUAAUGCAUUUCUUGACACUUUGUGCAAGGCCAGAAAGGUUCAGAGAGCGGAGAGGCUUUUUAGGGAACUAAGGUAUCGGUUUCACCCUGAUGGUAUAACUUAUAACACACUUGCCAAUGGCUGGUGUAAGGUGAAGAAUAUUGACAGGGCUCAGAGAAUUCUCAAGGAAAUGAUCCACAGGGGAUUCAAUCCCACGCUUGUGACAUGUAAUACUCUUCUUCAUGGGUUUUUCAACACAGGUCAGGUCAAGGAGGCUUGGAGAUUUUAUAAGGAGAUGAAGCAGCGAGGGUGUUCACCAGAUGUCAUCACGUACACAACAAUUAUAUAUGGGCUUGGGAUGGCAGGGAAGGUUGAAAAGGCAAGCAAAGCUUUUAAAGGUAUGAUUAAGAAUGGUUGCCUUCCAAAUGUUGUGACUUAUAAUGCAAUGAUCCAGGUGCUCUGCAGAAAAGAUUCUGUGGCUGCUGGAUUCGUUGUCUUCAACGAUAUGCUUAGGAAAGGUUAUGUUCCUAAUUUGAAUACUUACAAUAUACUGAUAAGAGGGCUUUGCCAUGCUAAAGAAAUGGAUAGAGCUUUGGUGCUCAUGAAUGAGAUGAAAGAAAAGGGCUGUAAACCUGAUGCUCGGACGUACAAUAUUAUUAUUGGGUACUUUUGUGAUCUAGGUCAAAUUGAGAGAGCAACUAGAAUUAUGAAGAACAUGGAAGCGGGAGAAUGUCUUCCUAAUCUAGACACAUACCAUAUACUCUUGAGUGUCCUCUGUGCCACUAAAAAAUCUAAUGAUUUAGUGGAAGCUGGAAAACUUCUGGAUGAAAUGGUAGACAGGGGCUUUUAUCCUCGGCGCUUUGUAUUCAACCGUGUUAUUGAUGGACUUUUUAUUACUGGAAAUCAAGAAUUUGCGAAAGAACUUCUGAGAAAACAUAGCCAGAGUGCGCGUCUUCCAAGAGAUUUCAGAAUAUGAAGAAUAUAGUCUGUUUUUUGUUACAGUUAUGACCUUCAUUCAUUGCUUAGAUGAUUUCUGGAAUCAGAUUGCAGAGACGCUAUCAAGAUUGGAGCAAUUCUGUAGGAUUAACAAUUGAAAUCAUAUGGAUGUAAAACUGUCAACCAUCAAUAUUCAGGGGAAAUAUAAAAUCAUGCAGUUUGACUUUGCAAAUUUUUAUUAAAUGCAAAGCUUGCCUCAGCGGAUUUUCAAAAUUCAUUUGGUGUUAUUUUGAUUACCAUACCCCAUGGCUGGAAGCAUAUACCGAAGUUAUGGGCAAAGCAUUUGUAUUUCUUCAUAUGGCUGCAAUGCAGGAUACCCAGUCUUGAGCAUAUAAAUUACUCCACUAAGCAGAAAAAGAUUCUAUUUGUCUUAAAAAAUGGAGUUAAAGAACUCAGAAAAGGACUCUUUCAGGAAAGACAUUAUUCAAGCCUUGCAAGAGAAUCCAUUGAUCAGGAUAGAUUUGGUAUUAGCACAAGGAUUAGUUCAGCUAGCUCAAACAGGUGGUUUAGCUCUUAUCAAAAUUAGUUUGUUGAGUGCUCAAACAAGAAGGUUUUUUUAUCAAAGUAUAUUAAAUCAAUUAUUUUUUGAAAAGACUCUAUUAUCAUU